AUGAGUUUUUUACCAUCCCUGUGUCAGAUAGCGAUGCAUUGGCUAUGCGUUAAUAAGCUCUACAAGCAUGUCAACAGUACAUGCACACUAAGGCCAACACUUUUGGAAGAAUUCAAAAAAGUGGCAAUGGGACCUUCUCCUGAAGGUCUUCUUCUAACGUGUGUUGAUAGUCGUGUGGUUGCGUCGCGUUUAACUCAAGCAGUGCCUGGUCAAUUGUUUUUUGUAAGAAAUCCAGGUAACUUAGUUCCACCCUAUGAUUAUUUUGAGAAAAAUAACAUUGUUGGUGGUGAAUGUGCCGCAUUGGAAUUAGCAUGCUCAAGAAAUAACGUGCCAGUCAUUACUGUUUUCGGUCAUUCUGAUUGUAAAGCGAUGAAUUUGUUAUACCGCAUUCGAAACGAAAUUUCAAUUCCGUCAAAGAACCCACUCGAUCAAUGGUUGAAAGUUCAUGCUAAGGGAACGGUUGAGCAAUUUCAAAAACUCGAAUCGUCCGGCGAUUUCAAACGUAAACUCGUGUUCGCUAGUGCACAACACCACGAAGAUGAUUUCGAAGCAUAUAUUGAUCCGAAUAAUGAGUAUAAGCCGUCGGAUAAACUGUCACAGGUCAAUACAUUGGAACAAAUGCGGCACUUUUUAUCGUAUCCGUUUCUCAAAGAACGACUGAAUCGAAAAGAGCUUCAAGUCACACUGCGACACACACAAAAAUGUCAGUCAGAAUUGCCGGUCAACUCAAAUAUUAUUCUGUUGAAUAAAACCGAAUCUAUCCAGUAG